AGGGUAAACAUAUUCAUACUUCUUCAGAACUCACGCAGAACGCAGUUAUGUAAUCGUAUAUUUAAACCGAGUUGGGUUCUGGUGGUAUUCUGGUUGUUUAUUUGUUUUGGGGAAAUUUAUUUCGAUGUUUAAAUUUCAAAUUUUUGAAUUUGAAAAUGUAAAUGAUUGUUUUUAUGCGUUUUCUCUAAAAUUUGUCCAUCACCCCCCAAUUUUCGGAUUUGUAUAGAGCGUGCAAAAAUGUUUUUAUUUUGAGCUCCUUGAGUCCAUAAUAGUAUAGCGAAAAUAUUUUUAAACAAAAAAAUGAUUUCAGGUCACUGGGUGUACGAAGUGGAAAAAUUCGUAAAACACAAGUACCUUCGUCCUCUUCAAUACAACGGCUCUCCGACGGAACGAGAGAAAUUGAGACCUAAAUUUAAAAGAUAUAACCUUAUCGUUGCGUCUUACGAUAUAGUGCGGAAAGAUAUCGAUUUUUUCUCGACCAUCAAAUGGAACUACGUGAUACUCGAUGAAGGUCACGUGAUAAAGAACGGGAAAACGAGAACGAGCAUCGCUAUAAAGGCGCUGAAAGCGAAUCACAGGUUGAUUUUGAGCGGAACGCCUAUCCAGAAUAACGUUCUGGAACUAUGGAGUUUGUUUGAUUUCCUUAUGCCUGGAUUCUUAGGGACUGAAAAGCAGUUCACAGCUCGAUACUCUAGACCAAUCUUAGCCAGCAGAGAUCCUAAAUGCUCUUCCAAGGAUCAAGAGGCAGGAGUUUUGGCUAUGGAAUCUCUUCACCGACAAGUUCUACCAUUUCUACUGAGAAGAAUGAAAGAAGACGUGUUAGCUGAUCUGCCACCAAAAAUUACUCAAGAUUAUUAUUGUGAACUCAGUCCGUUGCAGGAGCAAUUGUACGAAGAUUUUUCAAAAUCGCUGGCUCAUCAAACAUUACAGGAGUCGAUAUCAACUGGAGCAGUUUCUACAUCUUUGCAAGGAAAUACCCAUAUAUUUCAGGCUCUCCGAUACUUGCAAAACGUUUGCAACCAUCCGAAAUUGGUGUUGAACCCAUCACAUCCACAAUAUAUGCAAAUAACUGCACAGUUACAGAAACACAAUUCAAGAUUGGAUGAUAUAUCGCAUUCCGCGAAGCUACCUGCGUUAAAGCAACUUCUUCAAGACUGUGGCAUUGGUGUGUCAGAGAGUGGUGACAAAGAAUCAACAGAAAUUGUCGUAAAUCAGCACCGUGCGCUGAUCUUCUGCCAAUUGAAAGCCAUGCUAGAUAUAAUAGAAAAUGAUCUCCUCAAAAAGCAUAUGCCUAGUGUUACCUAUUUAAGGCUAGAUGGAUCUAUAGCCCCUGGACAGAGGCACUCUGUUGUCACAAGGUUUAAUGACGAUCCUUCCAUAGACGUUCUGCUGCUUACAACGCAAGUUGGCGGCUUAGGUUUAAAUUUGACAGGAGCCGAUACUGUAAUAUUCGUCGAACACGACUGGAAUCCCAUGAAAGAUCUGCAGGCCAUGGACAGGGCGCAUAGAAUAGGACAGAAGAAGGUGGUGAAUGUCUAUAGACUCAUCACCAGAGCGACUUUGGAAGAGAAAAUCAUGGGAUUGCAGAAGUUCAAAGUCCAAACGGCAAACACUGUCAUCAGCGGAGAAAACAGUUCAAUGGAAACUAUGGGUACCGAACAAGUACUGGACUUGUUUUCUCACACACCAAAUAAUCUCAGAGACGGAACUUCUGGAUCCAAAUCGAAUAUUGGCAUGAAAGCCUUCUUGGAGUCCCUACCGGAGCUUUGGGACCCCAAACAGUAUGAGAAUGAGUAUGAUCUGUCUCAGUUUAUCACCAAGUUGAAGUAGUGUAUGUGUAGCGUAUUAACUUUUAGUCUCAAUAUCUUGCCAUAUCUUUGAUGCGGAUAUACAAGAUGUCAACCUCUCGCAUGCAUGCAGAACACAAAAGAUGCCUGAUGGGCCUCUACGGAGAUACACGCCUCUAAUAUUGCAUGUUUUUUACACAUACUAUAUAAUAAUGGUUCAAAUUUUUUCAAGUGAAUUGCUGUUUUUGGAUCCAAUGAUAAGUUGUUUCACUAUAUCAUUUUCAGACGAUUAUUCUAUAAAGUGUAACAUAGUAAGUAAUUUUGCGUUAGGCACGCCAUGCUGUCACUAAAUUAUACAGUUUCUUAAAAACAAAAGGUUUUCGAUAUUGUCCUUCAGGGGCCUGAACCAUAGAACUUUUAUACGAACUUGCGAUAUUAUUUUGUGUGCGAAAGAUUGCCAUCUUAUUUUGAAGCACCCUGCUUCAACCAUUUUGUUCACUACAUACAAUCAUUUAUCAUAGUUUGCCUCCUGUGAUCUAGACUGAUAUUUUUUUUAUCCAUUGUCUCUGACAGCUUAGGUAAACUUGCUCAUUUUUUUAGUAUAACCCGUUAUUACUAUGGCAUUCCUAUAGAAGUUGAAAUACAUAGAUAGUCGUUUUCUUCAUCUUUAAUUCCUUAGAUACGUAUUAAUACUCCUUGACCCUGCAGAAAAUUAAACCAGAUUCUCAACCUUCAAUAGCACUCACCUUAGUUCUCUGAUAGUUUUAAUUUAAUUGAGUUGAUCUGAUGGUAGAUUUAUGGUGAGAUAUUGGGCUGACUUUUGUAUGAUCUUUAAUUUAUUUUUCCUGUUAGAGGAACCCUUUCAUACCAAAUUCAACUUAUAUUAUUUAUUUAUAUCGGUAGAUAGUUGUUUUUGUGUGUGACUCAAGAUGACUUCUUUUAAAUAUAAUAGUAACAUUUUAUAUAUAUUUUGCAUUAUGCGGAUCCUCAUUAAUCUUGGUAAACUAGCACAAAGUGCUAGCAAUAAAAUCAAUACGAUAUACUUUAAAUAAAGAUCGAGACAAAAUCGCAUUUAGGUACUGUGUUAUUUUUUAAGAGGAUCCACAUGUCUUAUCUCUCCAACAUUACUCCCAGUUUAUGAUUUUGAUAUCUAAUUAAAUGUACCUAUCAAUUUUCAAUAAAAAUCCGUUUAUGUGUG